CCAAUUUCUUCACUUCCUUUCUAUCCAUCUCACCCUCUCCCCUCUUCCUCUCACACCCUCUUCACACAAUGGCCUCCCGUGGACUUCCCCGUGCCCUCCGCCUGGCCCGCGUCUCGGCCCCCCGGUCCGUCGUGACUGCUGCUCUCCCCCGUCCCUCCCUGGCCAAGGCUGCCUCCGCCGCUCUCCCCCGUGUAACCGCCACCCCCGUCGUCCCCUCCCGCGGUGUUAAGACCAUCACCUUCGCCGAUGACAAGGAGACCGUCUACGAGCGUGAGGACUGGCCCCGUGAGAAGCUCCAGGAGUACUUCAAGAACGACACCCUUGCCCUGAUCGGCUACGGCUCCCAGGGUCACGGUCAGGGUCUCAACCUCCGUGAUCAGGGUCUGAACGUCAUUGUCGGUGUCCGUAAGGAUGGUGCUUCCUGGAAGGAGGCCAUCCAGGACGGCUGGGUUCCCGGCAAGAACCUGUUCGAUGUCACUGAGGCCGUCCAGAAGGGUACCAUCAUCAUGAACCUGCUCUCCGACGCCGCCCAGUCCGAGACCUGGCCCACCCUGAAGCCCCUCAUCACCAAGGGCAAGACUCUCUACUUCUCCCACGGUUUCUCCCCCGUCUUCAAGGACCUCACCAAGGUUGAUGUUCCCACCGACGUCGACGUCAUCCUCGUCGCCCCCAAGGGUUCCGGCCGUACCGUCCGUACCCUCUUCCGUGAGGGCCGUGGUAUCAACUCCUCCGUCGCCGUCUUCCAGGACGUCACCGGCCAGGCCAAGGAGCGCGCCAUUGCCAUGGGUGUUGCCGUCGGUUCCGGCUACCUCUACGAGACCACCUUCGAGAAGGAGGUCUACUCCGACCUCUACGGUGAGCGUGGUUGCCUCAUGGGUGGUAUCCACGGUAUGUUCCUCGCUCAGUACGAGGUCCUCCGUGAGCGUGGCCACUCCCCCUCCGAGGCUUUCAACGAGACCGUCGAGGAGGCUACCCAGUCCCUCUACCCUCUCAUCGGUGCCAACGGCAUGGACUGGAUGUACGCCGCUUGCUCCACCACCGCCCGUCGUGGUGCCCUCGACUGGUCCAACCGCUUCAAGGACAACCUGAAGCCCCUCUUCAACGAGCUCUACGACAGCGUCCGUGAUGGCUCCGAGACCAAGCGCUCGCUCGAGUACAACUCCCAGAAGGACUACCGCGAGAAGUACGAGAAGGAGAUGCAGGACAUCCGUGAUCUCGAAAUCUGGCGCGCCGGCAAGGCCGUCCGCUCCCUCCGCCCCGAGAACCAGAAGUAAAUCUAUUCAUAAUGUGUUAUUAGCAUAUCCCCGGUGGGAAAAGUUACGAUGUACCAUGAUCUAGGGAAUUGUUUUCAGUCGAGUUUCUUAUUUUAACUGGGUUGUAUAUCGGGCCGGAAUAAAUUUUUUUCUUAUUCUUUCUUCAUAUUCUUUUCCUCAAUUGAGUGUCAAUUGUAGUUGUGUGGAGUGGCAGUUGUAGGAAAGAGGUGGUCAUGAGUCAUCGACUAGGAAAAUUGCAACGGGCGGCAGAUCAUCCGGGGCCAGAUUUCCCCGCGAUCCGAUCUUACCAAGUCUAUUCUCAAAGUUUACAUUUUGCUUGCUG